AAUUCCUUCAGCAUGCAUAUGGCCAUAAAAAAGAGAUAAAGCUUGAAGUCAUCCACACAAACACGGGCAGAAGAAGAAAAAAAACUUCCCUAGGAUUUUGAAUUAUACAGCAGCAGCUUCCUGUAUUUUACACCUGCAGAGUGGGAGGGAGGCUCAUCUGACUACAGAAGACUGAGUCUGACUGGAGGAGCAACAAGAAGUUCCCUGCAUCUCCGAUUUCUUUCUCCCCAAUUUCAAUUCUUCCCGUCUCUCUGCCAACUAAGAAUGCUACUGCACAUCUUGCAUUUGUGGACUUCAUUUGUAAUUUUUCUUCAAGGCAGGUCUGUGCUUUGUAAGGAGAUGAAGUUCCCCAGCAGGGCACUGAAGCCCCCCUCUCCGUCUGACUUUCUGGACAAACUGAUGGGACGGACGUCUGGCUACGACGCUCGCAUCAGACCAAAUUUCAAAGGUCCUCCUGUCAACGUCACCUGUAACAUCUUCAUCAACAGCUUCGGAUCUAUCACUGAAACUACCAUGGACUACCGGCUCAACGUAUUUCUACGGCAGCAGUGGAAUGACCCCCGACUGGCAUAUAAGGAGUACCCAGAUGACUCCCUGGACUUGGACCCCUCGAUGUUGGACUCCAUUUGGAAGCCUGACCUGUUCUUUGCAAACGAAAAAGGAGCAAACUUCCACGAGGUCACAACAGACAACAAACUGCUUCGGAUUUUCCAGAAUGGAAAUGUCCUCUACAGCAUCAGGCUCACGCUCACUCUUUCCUGUCCCAUGGAUCUGAAAAACUUCCCCAUGGACAGCCAGACGUGCACGAUGCAGCUUGAAAGCUUUGGCUACACUAUGAAUGACCUAAUUUUUGAGUGGCUGGAUGUGGGAGCGGUGCAGGUUGCUGAUGAUCUGAUGCUGCCUCAGUUUGUGCUAAAAGAGGAGAAAGGCCUCGGCUACUGCACCAAGCACUACAACACAGGCAAAUUCACCUGCAUCGAGGUCAAGUUCUACCUGGAGCGCCAAAUGGGCUACUACCUGAUCCAGAUGUACAUACCGAGCCUGCUCACCGUCAUCCUGUCCUGGGUGUCGUUCUGGAUCAAUAUGGACGCGGCCCCGGCCAGAGUGGGACUGGGAAUCACCACUGUGCUCACCAUGACGACGCAGAGCUCUGGCUCCAGGGCGUCCCUGCCAAAGGUGUCCUAUGUCAAAGCCAUAGACAUCUGGAUGGCAGUGUGUCUUCUCUUCGUAUUCGCUGCACUCCUGGAGUAUGCAGCUGUUAAUUUCGUUUCACGUCAGCACAAGGAGUUCUUCAGACUGAGGAAGAAGCUCAAGGAGCAACAGCGGCAGAGAGCUCAGGCAAGCACCAGUGACAGUAAGGCAAAAGGAAACAACGUGUCAGGAAACAAUGCUCCUCAUGGGAACGUAGCCCAGCAGUGCAGCGCCUGUGCCAGGGAGGAGGAGCUGGCACAGCAGGGCUUUCUCUUCCAGACUUAUGGACUGGCACUGUCAACAGGUAGUGCACCAGAAAUGGAUGCAACACCAGUGUUUGCUGAUUUGCCUCCUGGUUUGGGUUUCUACGAAAUACGCAGACGCUUUGUGGAUCGGGCAAAAAGGAUCGACACCAUCUCCCGAGCUGUUUUCCCCAUGAGUUUCCUCAUGUUCAACGUCCUCUACUGGCUCACCUACAAAGUUCUACGACAUGAAGAUGUCCAAGCCACACUGUGACAAUGUACAAACUGGGGACUAUGACCACAGUGGAUUCUUUUAAUUCUGCUCUCUUCACUGAAACAUUUACAGGCUGAGAGUUCUCAGCUGAGCCAUGCAAGAUGCAUUAUGACUGCAUGUCCAGCGCCACUGGGAAACUCCAUAACAUGGAAGAGUCCAUCGCUUUCUUUAAAUUUUUAAUACUUCCAAAGAAAUGCACUUUUUAUUAGUUCUGAUGCUUCACACCAUCAGUUUACUGUGUAUGUGUACAGUCUGCAUCUCAAUGAUGUCAAUUCACACUUUUAUGGAAACAUUGCUCUAUGUGCAGUUACUGUACUUUCACAUGUAUUUGGACUGCAGUGCAUCUUUACCAGGUCCACACUUUCUACUGUGCACUAGUUUUACAGGUGUUAUAGUUGACAGAGUCCAAAACUACAUGUCACAGAGUGUCACAGAGGCAAAACGUAUAUCACUACAAUUAUCUCUGUAGUGUUUCUCACCUUAUCUAUGUUUUAUAGUCCUAGGGAAGAGAUUGAUAUAUUAUUUUAUACUGAUAUAAAUAAUUUAUGUCCAUUGUAGGCUGCAGACCUCAAGGAUUGAAUGCUAUUUUUUCAUGACAAACAUAUUUUAUUUUACAUAAGCAGUUAUUAGUUAUAAUUUAAAGCCUCCAGUAGAAGACCUAUCUGUUUUUGAAAUGUGUUUGUUCGUAACAUAACCCUAAAAUGAAUUUAAAAGAAACAUAUUUACUGCCAUCACUGUACAUUAAUAUAAUGCCAUGGAAGGCAUAUAAUCAAUUUUUUAAAUUAUUAUUAUUGUUAUUAUUAUUUGUCGAAUCAUCAAUAUUCAAUCAGUCCAGUCAACAAAAAUGAGAGUAACAACAUCCAUCCAUCUAUCCUCUAUACACCGCUUUAUCCUCACUAGGGUCGCGGGGGGUGCUGGAGCCUAUUCCAGGUGACUCGGGCGAAGGCAGGGGACACCCUGGACAGGUCGCCAGUCUGUCGCAGGGCUACAUAUACAGACAGACAAUCACACUCACAUUCACACCUACGGGCAAUUUAGAAUCAUCAAUUAACCUCAGCAUAUUUUUGGACUGUGGGAGGAAGCCGGAGUACCCGGAGAAAACCCACACAUGCACAGGGAAUCAAACAGGGGAUCUUCUUGCUGCAAGGCGAAAGUGCUAACCACUACGCCACUGCGAGUAACAACAGGUUGUUGUAGUUAAUAUAGCAUUUUUAGACACUAAUGAGCUCCGGAGAGUGGUGAAUUAUGACAAUUGGCUUUCAUUGACAUUACAUCAACUACACUACCGUACCGGUCACUUAGAAAUGUCCUUAUUUCCAUCCAUUCUCUAUACACCGCUUUAUCCUCACUAGGGUCGCAGGGGGUGCUGGAGCCUAUCUCAGCUGACUCGGGUGAAGGCAGGGGACGCCCUGGACAGGUCACCAGUCUGUCACAGGGCUACAUAUAUAGACAAACAAUCACACUCACAUUCACACCUAUGGACAAUUUUAGCGUAAUCAAUAAACCUCAGCAUGUUUUUGGACUGUGGGAGGAAGCCAGAGUACCCGGAGAUGUCCUUAUUUUUGAAAUAAAAUAUUUUUUUUUCAAUGAAGAUAACAUUAAAUUAAUCACAAAUCCAGUUCAUUGUUAAUGUAUUAAAUGACUAUUCUAACUGGAAAUGGCUGAUUUUUAAUGGAAUAUCUACAUAGGGGUGCAGAGACCCAUUUCCAGCAACCAUCACUCCUGUGUUCUAAUGUUACAUUGUGUUUUCUAAUGGUGUUGAAAGGCUAACUGAUGAUUAGAAAACCCAUGUGCAAUUAUGUUAGCACAUGAAUAAAAGUGUGAAUUUUCAUGGCAAACAUGAAACUGCCUGAGUGACCCCAAACUUUUGAUCGGUAGUGUAAAUCAAAAAAUGUUUAAUUCACUUUGUUGGAAACUGGCUUCCUUGAUUGUGGGAAUGGCUUAUGAGAUGGUUAUUAAAGAUAUUGCUUACUGUGUACAAGCUUGCAGAAUGUGUAUGGUAUUGAUGCUUAAAUAGUCCAGCUAAGUUUGAUAGCAAGAGUAAAUUGUCCCUGUGUUUUGUUUCUUAAGAAAAAAAAAUCCCUGGAAUGUUUUGUCAGUACAUCUAAAAUAAAGAGAUGCUUUAAUUUUCAACACUGAA